AUUUUACAUUCCAGCGUACAGCCUGCCGGGAUGUCACAAGACGAAGAAAAACACCGUGUAUCUCGUGAUCUCCACCUUCCUUUUAACUGACCAUCAUCCGAAAAACAAGGUAAAAGAUCAUUCUGCCGCAAACACCUGCGGUCGCGGUACACAGGCAGAGGAGAAGUCAUGACCGUGUGGCUAUGAGACCAAAGGAGCCAUGGGGUCCUCGCACCGGAUAAAAGUCGUCUCGUCGCUCCUCCAUCUCUGUUUGUUGUUGUUGCUGUUGUCGGCGCACAGCAGCGAGACACCUGUGGGGAAAUGUCUCGGAACGGAGUCCUGUCAGCACCCUCGACCUCCCGUGGUCCUAAGUAAGAUGAUAUCACCGGACUCUUAUGCUGUUCACUUUACUUUCUGCUGCUUCUAAUAACCGCACAAUUUUCAAACAAUUUGUCCUCAUACGCUCGCAAUGGGCGAGCCUCAUGCCAAGCCAAAACCAACCCGGGUUUAAAUCGAUAGUAUUAAGAUUGAUCGUACAAUGGCUCAGAGUCAUACUCUGUCUCUCACCAUUUUUUUGAAAGUCUUAACAUUGAGUUUAAAAGUCUUUAAAAGCAUGCAUACUGUAUGACAGAUGUUCCAGUGACCCAGUUCUCAUGUCCAACCUUUGCUUUAGUUCAGCUUUCCGUCGUGGAAAAGUUAUUUCAACUCAAAUGUGUUUGUUUUAUUUGCGUUUAAUCGAUACGUGUUUAAAAUGACACAAACACGGGUUUGCUAAUGAACAAGUCUCCUUGUUCAUCAUGUAAAAAAAGUUGAUCUUUUGUUUGAUAAAAAUGGAGAUGUGUGCGCGUGUUAGAGUUAGUCGUUUCACUCACAAGCCCCUAAAUCACGUGACAACAGUUGUACUGAAGAACAAACAAGUUGGCUCAAUUCUUCAAAUCCAGACUCUUGAAUCCCCUUUCACUUCACAUUUGAAAGGUAUUUUAUAAAACAAGUGCCACUAAAAUGAGUAACAUUUGUCUUCACUGCUGAAUAGAGGAUGAUACCAACAAAACCCCUAAAAUGCUGUGCUGCUAGUGUUUGUGGCCAAUACUGUAAUAGUUUGGAUCAUACAUCAUUGCCACUUUUUGCAGAUUUGACAGAAGGUAAGAUAAAAACAUAAAGCAUCAAAUUUGGAUAAAGUUCACACUAAGACUGAAUAAAGUCAUUUGAAUUCUGUGUAUUAUUUUGUUCAGUGGAAUUUGUCAAUUUAGGCAUUUGGGCAUGCAGACAAUUGAACAACCAAAUUAAAACUUAUAUAAGAUGGUGGUUCUGGGUGCUGAGCUACCACAUGUUAGCAGAAAGCUAUUUACCCAAGCAGUGGUUCUCUAAGUCUCUGAACUCAAGUGGAAAGAUGUGACUCUUCUUCCAAACAGGACACUGCCUCAGCUACCUGAGUUUAUAUCAACAUGACUAUGUUGAGAUCAACUGCAUGUGAUGAUCACUGAAUAUGAUUGAUACUUUUUUCCUUAUACUGCACACCACAGUAAAAGUGACGAGUUCCAAACCUUCUUCCUUUGAGCAAUUGUUGGCUCAGAGAUAGUAAUGUCACUUGUGUUUGACAGAUUUCUGUAUCUUGUUUGUCACAGUUCCAGGUGACCUGGGAAACCAGUUGGAAGCCAAACUGGAUAAACCAAGUGUUGUCCAUUACAUCUGCUAUAAGAAAACUGACUCCUUUUUCACUCUGUGGCUUAACUUGGAGCUGCUGGUGCCUGUAGCCAUAGACUGCUGGAUAGACAACAUUAGGUAUGAACAAAUUAUUCAUUAUAUACAAGGUGAUUUUUUUCCAUGUUGGUGCCCAAUGUUUGGUUUUGUGUAUCAUGAGGAGGUAUUCAUUGGGAAGGUAUAAAUACAUCAGGAUCAUUUCCUCUGCCCUUUUUGAAAACAUAUUAUUGCUAAAUGUGUCCAAGUACAAAAUCCAUAAUGGCUAAUCCCCUGAAAUGCUGGUUCAGUGGUUCAAUGACCUCGUGGACUUUCAGCUGUUAAGAUAUUGAUAUUUAACUGCUUGUAUAUGUAACAAUCGAUAGCCUGACCUUUGAAUUAUUUAGCAACAAGUUUUGGGGACAAAAAUAAAAUAAGUAAUUGGAUAGACAUUCCUCCAAUGUUUUUGUCAGCACUCACUUAAAAUAGUCCAAACAGGUAUUUCUUGUAAUACAAUAACAUUUGUUCAUUUUGUUGUAAUUUGUCUGUUAGCUCCUGAUGAUCAUUUCUAACAUCACCAUUCCUUGAGUAACCUGAGUACCUGACUAAUAUAAAAGCCUCAAGGGAAGUAACUUGCCAGAUAAUACCGUGCACUCGUGCACUGUUUUUUGUGCUCUCUGCAUGGAAUUCCAGCAAUAAAGCCACUGUUGUGUGUAAGCUCUGACUAGCUUUACAUGCGUGAUAUUCCCCAUUUACCAACAAUAUAAUAAGAACAUUGAUCCAACAAAUACAUUUAAAAUUUCUCAUCGGACUGAAACUGUCACUCAAAUAAGUUGAAAAACUCACAAGACAAAUUAUAUGUCUUAAGCCUUUGUGUAAGUCCGUACAACUAUAACUCAGCCAUAACAACUAUCAGACAUGAGCAGAGGAAACGGAGGAAAGUUGGAUAAAAGCAACCCUGGAUAGAUUCAGUGACGUGACACUGGAGGAGUCUUUAUCAAAGAAAGAAAAACCUUCCAUGGAUAAUGGUCUGAAGUGUUUUUUUUUUUUAAAAUACUCUGCUCUGGAAAGAGAUUUUCCAACUAUAAUCAGAAAACACUGGCACUAUUUGUACAGGAUGUGUUUGAGAACCUACCAAAGGUAGUGCACAAACAUUCCCCCAGUCUGAGAUGAAUGUCGGUGAAGUCUGACCCAACCCAACUUCUCUUGACCCACCACAAGGCAACUAUCAGUCGGAUUCAUCUUUCCAGUGCAACUUUAUAUAUAAGUGCACUACUUACAGCCACCAAGAACUGUCAAAACAGUGAAAAUCAAAUGUACAAUCUCCUCUUCUACCAAAAAUGUAAGUUAUCUCAUUAAAUGUCCAUGUGGUUUAGUGUAUGUCGGUAAAUCCCAUAGAGCAUUAGAAACUAGAAUUGUGGAGUACAGGAGUUGCCUUGGGACUGUGGACCAACGUAGCCCAGAGGAGCCAACCAUACAGUUUUUUCCCAGAAUAAAACACCCAAGAAGAAGAGGAGAUGUUAACACCCUCCAACUAAAAAAAAAAAAGGUUUUUAUAGUUUCUCCCCCAAGACCCUGACACUGAGGGGCUUAAACCAUGACAUUAAUAAAACAUUUCCCUUGGAAUUUCUGUUCAGAUAAAACCGAAAAGUUUACACCGAUACAAUCCCAUACAUUUAAAUUUAAUCAAAACUAUGGAUGUAGUCUUCAAGUUAAACUUUCCUCUUGAACCUGGAAAGGGUGGCAGACUAUUUUUAUUGUUUCCCGAACAAGGAAUGAGAUGGAGAGGGGAAAAGAGAACUGUUUUUUUACUGUUUUGUUCUUUGAAGGGCCUAAACUUGAAGUUGAAGUUUACUUGAAGUAAAUUUAUCCAGGCUCAGUAAUAAAACAAGAUCUAAAAACUCCUUUCAUUAUUUCUACAACAGGGAAAUUUACAUUGCUAAAACAGCAGUGGCAAAAACACAUUUAGUGCAAAACAAAUUGUUUUGGUAGUAGUUACUUGAUUGAUUGAUCUGAAGAUGACGGGGUGGUUCAUGUGAAUUAAGAAGCCACUUUUUAUAAUGAGUUGUGUCAUUAAGUGUAUGUUAUCAAAUUUGUCUGAUGAAGGCUGAUCUACAACAAGACCACACACACCACUUCAUCCCCACCAGGUGUGAACAUCAGUGUCCCUGGAUUUGGCGAGACCUCUUCACUUGAGUAUCUGGACCCCAGCAAACGCGCCGUUAGUAAGUUGAUAGCCAGAAAUCAAAUGUUUGUCUUGAUUCUGAAAACCUGGAAAAAUAUUCAAAUUUCCCCCCCAAAAAUGAUCAUUGAAAAUCAGAUGAUCACUUAUGGUGCUGCUAAACAUUUAGCUCUGAAACUGAAAUUUAUCAGGCUUUAUUUCUAUUAUUUUAGUGUGUGUGUUUCUGUCUGCCCUCUAGGUCUGUAUUUCUUCAGUAUUGUGCAGUCUCUGGUUGAGUGGGGUUAUACCAGAGACGAUGAUGUCAGAGGUGCUCCCUACGAUUGGAGGAAAGCCCCAAGUAAGCAACAGUGAACACACACUCUUAAACGUAGGCACAUUAUUGUGACUUGUGAUUAUUUCAUUAAUCCAUUAUACCACUUGACCAUUAUCACCACUUGACUUGUAUUUAUCAAAACACCCCGUUACUUCCUCUCAUGAUGGAUCAGAGUCGUGGAAUGACUUGACGGUCAUUUUUUUCUUCACUUUCAGAUGAGAAUAAGGAGUUUUUCCUGAAACUGCAGCAGAUGAUCGAAGAGAUGGCAGAGAAAGCUGGCAGGCCUGUAGUCCUGAUCGCUCACAGCAUGGGCAACAUGUACACAUUGUACUUCCUUAAUCAGCAGCCACAAGCGUGGAAAGAUAAAUAUAUCAAAGCAUUCGUCUCUUUGGGACCACCGUGGGCAGGGGUGGCCAAGACCCUCCGUGUACUCAUAUCUGGUAAAUACUGGAACUAGUAUUACAUAAACAAAUAAAAAGUGCUGAAAUAGUCAAACCCUGACCUACUUUGGCAUGGUGUUGUAAAAAAGUACUUUUCACCCCUGCAAUCCAGUCCAAUUGAUGACAAGCACUAGGAUUGAAAUUAUUUAAAAUUAUCAACAGUUUUGAGGGAAAGCAAGCCAUCACAGGUAAACAUACCCAGUCUGUAUUAACCUAUUUUCAUUUCAUGAGUUAUACGUUGCAACUUACAUAGAAGCUUAGUUAAUUCAUUUAACCCCCCAAAAAAUGUAUUGAGAAAAGGGCAACGUAAGCAAGUUAAGUUUGUACCAGCUAAGUUUAUGCUGAUGUACAGAAAAAAAAGUUUCAAUUAAAGAGAAAAGUGGUUAUUAAACAUCGAUUCCUACUGAUUUUAAAGUGUAAUGUUCCCAACUUAAGAGGUUAGGUGGUUAGUUUUAGCUUGUUGGUAUACAAGUACCUCUUGGAUGGAGAAGUACUGAGAUACAGUUUACAGCAGGAGUUUGACCAACAAAUCCUUUAGUACUUUAUAUUUAUGUCAGUGCUGUAGGUGUUAGCCAACUGAGUCGCAGACAAAAUGGUUGUGUAGCAGCCUCUUUAUUGCAAUUUAUGCCACACAAAUUUUCCCAUGCCUCCCCAUACUGUGUCACUCAUCCUAUAUGACUGAAUUGUACAGAUCACCUGGCUGGAUAAAGCAUGAACUCUUUCAGUUAAGGAUAUCCUUUGUUUGCAAAUUCUCUGUCACUGCUUACCUUCCUCUGUCAACAGGAGACAAUAACCGCAUCCCUGUGAUCAGCCCAUUGAAAAUUCGCUCCCAGCAACGCACUGCCGUGUCCACCUCAUGGCUGCUCCCCUACGCUAACUCUUGGCCAAAAGAUCAGGUGUGUUCACGUUAAUGUUUGUUUCUCAACAAGUGUUUAUCUUCUUGAGAGCUUAAUUUGUUUUCUGUAUUUCUUCUUAAAUCAAUUUGAAGCCAGCAAGCCUAACUGAUAACUUGUUGUGAAAAACUGUCAAGACGUGACAGAAAAUCAUACCCCAAUCCGUUCAUCUUGUUUUACAUAUUUUUCUACCCCUAUUUUAGAGAACUCGGCUUGCACAAUCUCAGCAGCCUUGUUCUAGCUACAGCUACAGAUUAUCCACCUGUAUGUUAACUGCCCAGCACCUAAAAAUACAACAGGCAAAGUUACAGACCAGCAAGUGAAUAUAGUGGAGCAUCUUGCUGAAACUUCCCCAGGGGUUGGUGGAGACCAUACACUGUUUAUAGUACGGACACCGUCUGCCUCCUCCACCCUCCACCCUCUGGUAACGGGCUGCAGUAUUGGUCAUAAAUCUCGCCUUCACCAGCAAUCCCUAUGAAGCUGUGGACAAACUUUAGAAAUUAAUUACACAGAAUAUAAAUCUAGGGAUACACUGUUUGAGCCGAGUGCCAUCACAGCGACUCUCUUGCUGAAUGCGUACAAUGCUACUGCCCAAGUGGGGGUUCCAGGAAGUGGAGAAAAUCCUGGAAAUACCGAGAGUGAUUCGGCUUCAAAUUCAUAUAAUGAUGGAAGGCGGAGCUAAGUUGUCCAUAGUAUAUGCAAUCUGUGGUGGAGACAGACAAAUCUAACAGGAGAGCACUUACACCAAGUGUUGCUUAAUAUCUGAUGGAUUUGAUAAUGGGCAACUGUUUUCUAGCGAAACAACCCAAUAAUGAUACACCUUAAGGUCACUAUCAAAGGAUAACAGGGCUCCCUAUUCACUUGUCAUUAAAGUGCACCUGACUUGUUUUUAAGUGCCAUUAUAAACAGUGAUCAAAAUGUUACAAACUUACUGUGAACAUAUCUCAUUCCUCUCAUAGUAAAUAGUUAAGAUGACAGACUUCAAACACCUGAAAAACUUUUUUUUUUUUUUUUUUUUCCCCCCCCCAUCCAACACAAGGUCUUGGUGCAGACACCCACCGCUAACUAUACUGUGCUGGACUACAAGCACCUCUUCUCAGACAUUGAUUUUGAGGAUGGCUGGCUGAUGCGGCAAGACACAGAGACAUUGGUAGCUGACCUCACACCUCCGGGAGUGGCUGUCCACUGCUUGUACGGUAGCGGCAUUCCCACAUCUGAGGCCUUCCAAUACUCAGACAAGUUCCCUGAUGUGGAGCCUACGGUCGUGUUUGGUGAUGGCGAUGGGACGGUGAACCUACUGAGCGCUGUCCAGUGCAAACGUUGGAUAGGAAAGCAAAAGCAGUCUGUGACGCUGAAGGAGCUGCCAGGGAAUGAACACGUGAACAUGUUGGUGAACUACACGACUGUGGCUUACAUCAAGACUGUGCUGUUCUCUCCAUGAUGCUGCAGAAACUUAAGUAUAGAAAGCAUAGAAAAUCUAUCAAUCUACUCCAACACUUUUUUUUUCUUUUUUUUUUUAUAAAUAAACUUAAUAUUUAAACACACACAAACACUCACACAGCCAUACAAUACACCGAGAGGGACCAAUUCUGCCUGCUUGUCUGGACAUUUACUGCCCUAAUACUCCCUUGUAUGUGCUACAGCUGUUACAAGAGAGGGAGUUUACAUUUGUUUUGCUAAUGCAGAAUUGAAAGUUUUAAAUUAUUUUAAAGCUAAAAAUACACAACUUCCAAUAAUGUCAGGCUAUCUGAGUGGGCAUAGAGUUUACAAAUGACAAAGUACCCAAGACUGGCUAACCUUUACUGUGAGAGUUUGUCGUCUAGUUAAAAUUCAUAGAUCUAAGGUAUGUGCACCUUGUGAAAUUGAUGUCAUACAUUUUUAUUAAUCCAGACAUUUUUACUGUCAUCUUUGUCUGUAUGGCAAAGCACAUGCUGUUAUUAUAUUUUUCACAUUGCAGCAUCUAAUUUUUUUAAUGCUUGAUAUAAACUUUAAUGACUUAAAUAACUGAAAAUUCUUUUAACGAAAUAGUUUUUUGUCAUUGUCCAUUGUGAUCCAAUUUUUAUUCUUCGGCCCAUUCACAGCCAGAUGCUUUUGACCACAGUUUGCUGCCUUUUUUUAAGCACCAAGAACUGGAAUCACAGUGGAGAACAAUCAUACCUCAAAGUACACUUAUCAGCUUUUAUACGAGCUUUGAAUUUCAUCUUUUCAACUUAACCAAACGAAGGAGUUUGCUGCUAGAAUUGAAAGCUGGAAAAAAAGAUAAACAUGGGCUUGGUGUCUUUUUGUAUUUACCGCAUCAUUUUCAAUUAAAUUGUCUUACUUAAUGCAUGCAAACUUUUUUGAGAUGUUUUUUUUUUCCCAAGGUCCAGAGUUUAUUGUCAUUACUGCCAGUGGCAGAAGAUUGCAAUGGCAGAUUUGUUCUCCAAUCUACCCAAAUAUUUUUUAAUUAUUCAAGUGAUGACAAAUGAAUGGGAAAAGUUAGCCGCAUUACUCUAGGUUCAUUAUGUCGACUUUAACUAUUGUUUUAUCUACUUAUCUUCUGUUGAUGUAUACUUCCUGAAGCCAGGAAACUUUGAAGCCAAAUAUUUUCACAGAUAAAACUUAAAAACUUGAGUCUAACUCUGCCUCUUGAUUGUUUAUUUUUAAUUGACCUAAAACAAAUGGAAUAACAUGCAGCUUUGCUGAGACCCUUCUUUGUCAGCUUCCAAUGUUGACACAGGUGUUUGACCUUGUCAGUAUUAAUUGAUUUCUUUUUUUUAUUUAGAGAGACUCAAUAACAUCCCAGGUCUACAUUAUAUACUGGUUUGUCGGCUGCAAACUCAUAUACCUUUGUGUCAGCAACAGACAUUCAUUGUUCCUGAUACUGCUGGUAUGUUCAGAGAUACAAGGUUUUAGUUCUUAGUUUUAACAACAUAAUAAAGGCCAUACAUACAUUUCAAAAUGUAGACUAUGUGUCCCACCUUUAAUGAGGGAACUUAGGUUUGCGUCUGAACUCACCUCACAGGAAUGAGGAUUUAGAGAUUUGAAACAUGAGCUACCACCGAACUCUGCUUCUUCUCUGAGCCAAAGUGAGAAGUCUACCAAGUUGUUCUGGGUAUUUGGGUUGACUGCAUGUGCACAUUUUGCGCAGAUAUUAACAAACUCUGUGAGAGGAGCAGAGAAUCUCACCAAAACUGCAAACUUGUGGACGCCAUCUGCAUCAACAGGUGAAACUCGUGGGAGAUUCAAGAUCUAAAGUCUUCCAGAGCCCAGGUGGUAAUGACCUUUACAGAAUGAUGUUGGUUUUUAAUGCAGUACCGCCUGAGGGGUCAAAGAUCACUCUGGAUUCACUGAAUGUUUUGAUGAUACUAUGGACUACAAAUGAUGAAAUCCCUGAAUUCCUGCAAUUAUGUGUUGAGAAAUACUGUUCUUUAACAGUUGGACUAUUAGAUCUCUCAGUUAUUCACAAAGUGGUGAACCUCGCCCCAUCCUUGCUUGUGAACCUGAACUGAACCUUUCAGGGAUGCUCUCUUUAUAUCCAAUCAUGGCACUCACCAGUUUCCUAUGAACCUGUUUUUUUUUGGAAAUUUCUGUCUCAAGGACAAAUAAAGGAUCUCAAGUCAAA